GUCGCCCGCCUGUCGCGGCCGCGGGGGCCCUCGGAGCGGGCGGCGGGGCCAGGGCGGCCUCUCCGCUGACGGCCGCUGUCCGUCCCGCAGGUGGCGGCGGCGGAGGCCAAGAUGAACCCGCAGCAGCAGCGCCUGGCCGCCAUCGGCACCGACAAGGAGCUGAGCGACCUGCUGGACUUCAGCGCGAUGUUCUCGCCCCCCGUGAACAGCGGGAAGGCCCGGCCCACCACGCUGGGGAGCAGCCAGUUCGGCGGGGCAGCUAUGGAGGAACGAGCAGGGGUGAUACCUUGGGAAGCAAGCAGUCAGUCAAGUCCUUCCUACGAACCUACAAGGGAAAAUGGCAGCCUUCUUGGGAAAAGCUCAGUUAUUUCAACAGCUCUGGAGAAACUGAAACACGAGGAGGGUUUUAUAGAAACUCCUUCCUAUGGUGAUCAGUUGAGUGAUGAACAAUUAGGACCCAGUGAAAGAUUAUCUCCAACUCCUUUCCUGAAUUCAAAUCUGAUAGGAAAAGCCUCUGAGAGGAGUCAGUUUCCAAUGUUUGGUCAAGAUGCCGGGCUCUCAGGCUGUCAGACAAGUCGGCUUCAGUCUGACAUUGGCGUUGGAAGCCCAGGCCCCCUGGCUUGCUCAGGAAAAACUGGAACACCAUAUUAUCCAUUUUCCUCUGCAAAUCCACGACGAAGGUCCCUUCGUGAUUCAUCUUCCUUUGAUUCUCUGCAGACAAAAAAAGUAAGGAAGGUGCCUCCUGGUUUGCCGUCUUCUGUCUAUGCACCUUCUCCUAAUUCAGAUGACUUCAAUAGAGAAUCUCCAAGUUAUCCAUCCCCUAAACCACCAAGCAGUAUGUUUGCUAGCACUUUUUUGGUACAAGAUGGGACCCACAUCGCUCCUGAACUUUGGAGCCCCUCCCAUGGAGUGAGCCAGUCAGGUUAUGGUGGAAUGCUGGAAAGUUCUUCUCACCUGUCGCCCUCCGGUAGUUAUGGCAGCCGACAUCCCCAUGAGCGCCUGAGUUGUCCUCCUCAUUCAGCCUCACCAACAGAUGGAAGCACUAGCCUUCCGCCAAUGUCCAGCUUCCACCGGGGCAGUAGCAGUAACUUAUUAUAUGCUGCUGCUGCCGCUGCUGCCGCUGCUGCCUCUCAUACUCCACCAGUCAACGGAUCAGAGACCAGUGUGCUUGCGCAUAGAGGGAAUCCUGCUGGAAGUUCACAGACUGGGGAUGCCCUUGGAAAAGCUUUGGCCUCCAUUUAUUCUCCUGACCACACUAGUAGUAGCUUUCCUUCAAAUCCUUCAACACCUGUUGGAUCACCAUCAUCUCUCACAGGUGCUGGUCAGUGGUCAAGAACUGGAGGACAAGCCCCUCUGUCUCCAAGCUAUGAAAAUUCUUUACAUUCAUUGAAAAAUCGAGUUGAGCAACAACUUCACGAGCAUUUGCAAGAUGCUAUGUCCUUCUUAAAGGAUGUCUGUGAGCAGUCCCGGAUGGAAGAUCGCCUGGACAGACUCGAUGACGCCAUCAAUGUGCUGAGAAACCACGCCGUGGGUCCUUCAACAAGCCUGGCAGGGUCCCACGGAGAGAUGGAGGGCUUAUUGCGGCCAUCCCACAAUAGGCCUGUUAGCACUUUGAAUGCCACUUACAGCACGUCCAGCCUCGUCAUAGCCAGUAGACAAGCCUCGAUGGUCAGCACACAUCGGGAAGAUGGUGUCAGCCUCAAUAGCAAUAAUUCAGGGUUGUGCAACACUGUUCCUGCCCAGAAUACAGAACUAAAUCAUAAAAUCCAAGAAAGCUGUAGAGUGCUGCCCGCUGGGCUGCCAACCCCAUCAGUAGCCCUGGUCCCGCUGGAAAUCAAGUCGGAGCACAAUGAGAAGGAUGAAAAUGCACAGGAACCUGCGUCCUCCGAUGACAUGAAAUUUGAUGAGGAGUCCUCCCAGAAGGAUAUCAAAAUCUCCAGAGGCAGGACGAGCACGAACGAAGAUGAGGAGCUGAACCCGGAGCAGAAGCUGGAGCGUGAGCGGGAACGGAGGAUGGCUAACAAUGCCCGGGAGCGCUUGCGUGUCCGGGACAUCAACGAAGCCUUCAAGGAACUGGGCCGGAUGUGCCAGCUCCACCUGAAGAGCGAAAAGCCUCAGACCAAGCUUCUGAUCCUUCACCAGGCUGUGGCAGUCAUCCUCAGUCUGGAGCAGCAGGUCCGAGAUCAGAAUCCAGAACCAUGUGGAAGAGGCCAAGAAGGGGAUCUUUUCUUCACAAGGACACUCAACAUAGCAUUAAACAGGACCAUCUCGCCGGAGAAACAACCGAUCCAGAAGUGGCCCUUUGAGAACCCCCGGCCCCUGAAGAGAGAGAGAGCAGCAGGCUUCUUCUUCCAGCAGGACUUCCACCCCAGAGACGAUGGCGCCUCUCCUCUUCUUUGCGGUUCUCCUGUCGCUCCAGCACAAUCAGAGACUCUGAUCUCCUCUCCACUUGAUGGGGAAACUGCCUUGUGCCUAAACCGAAUUGGCAAAUGCAUUGUAACUAGAAAACAUUAUUUAUUUGUAAUGGAACUAUCAAGAUCCAUCAUAUGAAGGGAAACAUUUAUCUGUUUAAAGCUUGGUUGAGAUCCUGAUGUUGAGAAGUACAUUCCGAGAAUGAAGCCACAAUGCCGCCGGCCCUUCACAUUCCCACCAUUCCUGCCUACAAAUGUCUUAAAGAAGGGAGAAAGGCGUGUGCCAGCUCCCUUUUCUCUGGCCAUUGGACAUGUAUUUCCCGGGUAGGUACCUUGAUCUUGAGGAGCCCUCUGACACACAGCCCUCAGCCUCUUGCAUCACAGACACAAGCCAUAUAGAGCCACAGCACUCCUUGAGCUGAAACCACCUCUGUCCUUUGCCUUCUCAAACGGCUCCCUCCCUUCUAAGGCUUGUAAUGGGACCGAGAGGAAGCCCGUUUAGAAUUGCCCUGGAGCUGUAAGAACAAGCAAUGCACAACCUGGGUUGAAAUCUUGACCUGGGAUGAGAGCAGUGCAAGAAGAAGGCCCAGGGUGCCCUGAUGCCUGGCUUCCUCCCUUCCUGGUCAGUUGCCUUUGCUGAGGGCGGAGCAGGGAGUGCCUCUCUCUGGGCAAUUCCUCCCCCUUGGACCCCCGUUUGAACUUCCAUGAAUGCUGUCUUCCAUUGUAGCAGCCCAGAGAAAGGCCCGCUGUGGCACUGCCCUGCCAUCCUGAGCAAACUUCUCUCACAGGAUUUGAAUUGCUCCUCCACCUUUGAGAGUGUUGUGGCUCUAACUGGCUUCUUUUCUACCAGGGGAAGUGUCUUUCAGAUGGUUCUUAAUACAUGCUGGUUGUCAUAAAGUGACCCUGGGCAAGUCUCCGUGGCUAUUUUCUGCCCCCUUCUUGGUGUUCCCCAGCCAGUGAACUUUGGCUCCUGGCUCUGUUGGGUUGUGCAGGAUGUGUGCUGUGCACCCCAAAGUUUCCCUUUGCGAAACCAAGAGAGAAAACAUUUGUCUUAUUUUUCACUGUAGCUAGUCUUUUAUACAAUAAUCUUGUAAGAAGUUUCUUGAAUUCUAAAUAUUACUCUUUCUAGAUUUUUGAAAUCAAAAGUUUUCAGUAAAAAAAAUUCUUACUUUAUUUUACUAUAAUGGAUAGUAAGAAAUGUAGGGUUGUUUACCAUAACCUGUUCAUUAAUAUCAGAAAUUUACAAUAGCAUUGUAAGAGCAUAGUAGGGUUCUAGCAUCCUGUGUAGUACCUUAUGGAAUUUUGUAAGAGCUAUUUGUCCGAAAUGAAUUGCUUCUCAUCUGGUUAUUCAAUUCCCAUAUGUUGGUUUAUUGCAAAUUUGUACCUUGUGUCAAAUUUCAAGAUAUUACAGAUAUAUCUUUUUGACCAGCAACAAGUUCAACACUUUUUCUGUCAGUGUUGUCUGUCAGAAAACACUAUGUAUAUAACAUUUAUGUAGCAAUAAAUGUGCCAUCCUUUUGUAA